UUUAAAAUGGCAGCAGAACAAGAAACAAAAAUUGUCCUUCCAGUCUUUCGAAAACCUCCAAAUCCUUCCUUCAAUAUUAAUGGAACAAUAGAAAAUUCAACAAUAUUUGAUUGGCAUUUACAACAUUACAAUUUUGACGAGGAGAAGAUAGAAGGAGAUAAAUAG